CCGGGGCCUCCGUGUCACACGAAACCACGCGUCCAAACGCGCCCCGCAGUAAAUGCCGUCGUAUCACGCACCGGCCCUACGCCCACGGGGUUGCGAUUUUCUGGACUGAGACGACAGUAAUUGAUGGCAACAAUUGAUUUGAUUCCAAGCAUGCAUUUGCAAUCCGGUGAGAAAAUUCUUCCAAAUUUCUACGGAGAAAAGGUCGGAAGGCGGCAAGAAUAUCUGCACUAGAGUAAUAUAAGCAGCAAAGCCGACCAAGCUAAGCUGGAUUAUCACCAGUAUCGUUGCCGUGUGUCCAUAAAAGUCAGAGAACCUCCCUUUGCCGCAGUUGUUUGCUUAGCUCCAAAACUCCAACCGCCGCCGACCUCCCAGAAAAUCUAUGGCCUCCACCUCCUCCCUCCACCUCUCCAAGCACCUCCUCCUCCCCAGGAACACCCACCGCGCCAGGCCUUCCUCCUCGGGAUCUCCGCGGUCCUUCGUCCCGGCCGCGGCCAGCAGGGUCAACGGCCACGCGGCGCCCAACGGCAAGCCGCGGCACAUCAACGGCGACGGCGGCGGCAAGAAAAUCAACGGCGCCGCCGUCAACGGCAAGACGCACGUCAACGGCCGCGACCGGAUCCACCUGUCGGUGAGCACGGGCGGCGGCGGCCAGGACGGGACGGGGCUGCGCGUGGCGUUUCAGGGCGCGCCGGGGGCAUACAGCGAGUUCGCGGCCAAGACGGCGCUCCCCGGCUGCGACACCGUGCCGUGCAGGGCCUUCGCCGAUGCGCUGUCCGCCGUGGACCGCGGCCUCGUUGACCGCGCCAUACUCCCCGUGGAGUCCACCAUGGAAGGCACCGCGCUGAGGAACUACGACCUCCUCCUGCGGCACGAGCUCGUCGUGGUCCAGGAGAUCAACCUGUUCGUCCACUACUGCCUCCUCGCCAUGCCCGGGGUGCGCGCCGCCCAGGUGCGCCGCGUCAUCAGCCACCCCAUGGCGCUGGCGCACUGCGGCCGCGCGCUGGCCCGCCUCGGCGUCGACAGGGAACCCGUCGAGGACACGGCCGGCGCCGUCGAGAUGCUCCGGUCCAACAUGAUGCUCGACACCGCCGCCAUCGCCAGCCCGCGCGCCGCCGACCUCUACGGCCUCGACGUGCUCGCACACGGCCUCCAGGACGAGUCCUGGAACGUCACCCGUUUCCUGCUGCUCUCCAAGCCGCCCUCCCCCGUGGCGGUCCCCGUCGACGCGGACGCCAAGACCAGCAUGGUGGUCGCGCACAGGGGCGGCUCCAUGGCCGUGGUGCUCAAGGUGCUCUCCGCCUUCUCCUCCCGCAACAUCAACAUGUCCAAGCUCGAGGUCAUCAACAACGAGGGCGGCGGCGUCGGCGUCGGCGAGCCGCGCCCGCCAGUGAUGAUCCUUGACACGGGCGCCCGCGGCGCGCCCACGCUGCGCUCGUUCCCGCACGUGCUCUACGUCGACUGCGAGGGCGCCGCCGAUGACCCGCUCGUCCUCGAUGCCAUCAAGGAGAUCGAGAAGUUCGCCGUGUUCGUGCGAGUUCUUGGCUGCUACGCCGCCGACACCAACGUCUACGAUCUGCAAUGAGGAGGACAGGACACGAUAGAUAUCCAUAUCGUUCAAGCGAAGUGGUCGAAUUAGCUAGUUCGGCGCAAUUGGGUGGAAUUGGACUUCUAAUUGAUUGGAACUAUCCAUUCAACACUGAACCAGCUUCAGUGAGAUACUCCCUGCUAUGCUUGGUGCUCAGCUGCCGCUACGUAAUUGUUGUACAGAUGUAAUAAGAAUCUUUCUGCGUUGCUGGUUUAGCUGUGUGCAUAGGUUUAAGAUUGGUGAUUGUAGAUGCCUAGUAAUUAAAUGAUGUGUAAGAUGGCAUUAUCAUGACAUGAUUACUGUAAUUUUGUUGUGGUAGAUCUGAUGUUGUACUAGUAUUCCUUCUUUUACAUCACCUUUUGUCCAUCUUGGAACAUUACAGUAGUGUUUUGUUUCUUUGUACAGUCUGAAGAAAUCUCGUUCCAAUCGGUUA